AUGCCGUUGGCCGAAAAUUCUCAUUUCCAUUUCAUCUGUGUAGGACGUGGGCAGUAAGUCAUAUAUUAUCUUUCGGUAACAAAAUUAGCUAAUAUGUUUAAGGGCAUGGAGGAAUUAAUCAAUCAAGCUUUCCUUCACAUGGAAGUCAUUGGGCCGCAUGUACUUGAGGGUCACUAUGAUCUGAUAGGACCAAGUGGAGAAAUCAUUCUUCCUCAAGUUUGGGAGAGAACCGUUGAACCUGACUUGGUAAUAACUAUGCGUAUAUGGCAUAAUGUUAUAGGUGAAUCCAAAGACCCCGAAUGGGCUUCUGUCCUCUUCUAGGGCCUGAUCUGAGCAGACUCAAAGAGAAGAAGCCCCCGCGAGGAAGCCUCUUAUCAGCAUCCCUUGCAGGUGGUGCUGCGGCGCCUGCGAUGUAUGAUGUUGCAGGAUAUUUGAUAUUCACUCACUAACCACUAGCACUAGCGUAAUUUCAUGGUAUUUUAUCGUCCAUUCGUCACACGUCAGAUGAGAGUCUUAUUGUUGGUUUUAUUUUGUAUUUGCUGGCUAGCUUCAAACGCUUAUACUUCAGCCACAUACGGACCAAUCAGAAGGCAAAAGUAUUGUUGAGGAUGCGGAUGCAAAUACUGUACAAUAAGAGCUCCAAUAGUGUGACUGACGAUAAUGUUGUGGUGUUGGAGGAGUUGGCUGUACGAGGGGAAAUAUAAUAUAUCCCCCGCACUUCCUCAUUCACUAUAAAC